AUGGAGUCGGAGCAGCUUUACCACAGAGGCUACAGGAACAGCAGGAACAGCUACAACAGCAUCGCCAGUGCCAGCAGCGACGAGGAGCUGCUCGAUGGAGCCGGCAUCGUCAUGGACUUCCACACUACAGAGGACGACAACCUGCUAGAUGGGGACGCCUCCUCUCCAGGGUCUAACUAUGCCAUGUCGAACGGGGGCGGCGCACCCAGCAGCUCUACCCACCUGCUGGACUUUUUAGAGGAGCCCAUUCCAGGCGUGGGAACCUACGAUGACUUCCACACCAUCGACUGGGUGCGCGAGAAGUGCAAGGACCGAGAGAGGCACCGUAAGAUCAACAGUAAGAAGAAGGAGUCUGCGUGGGAGUUCACCAAGAGUCUGUAUGACGCCUGGUCCGGAUGGCUGGUGGUUACGCUAACAGGCUUAGCCUCCGGCGCGCUGGCCGGCCUGAUAGACAUCGCCGCCGACUGGAUGAACGACCUAAAAGAGGGCGUGUGCCUGAGCGCCAUGUGGUUCAACCACGAGCAGUGCUGCUGGACGUCCAACGAGACCACCUUCGCCGAGAGGGACAAGUGUCCCCAGUGGAAGAGCUGGGCUGAGCUCAUCCUGGGCCAAGCCGAGGGUCCGGGCUCGUACAUCAUGAACUACUUCAUGUACAUCUACUGGGCCCUGUCUUUCGCCUUCCUUGCGGUGUGUCUCGUCAAGGUCUUUGCUCCGUAUGCCUGUGGAUCGGGGAUUCCGGAGAUUAAGACCAUCCUGAGCGGGUUUAUUAUCAGAGGCUACCUGGGCAAGUGGACCCUGAUGAUAAAGACCAUCACCUUGGUCCUAGCGGUGGCAUCGGGUCUGAGUCUGGGAAAGGAGGGCCCGCUAGUUCACGUGGCGUGCUGCUGUGGAAACAUCUUCUCUUAUCUCUUCCCCAAGUACAGCAAGAACGAGGCAAAGAAGCGAGAGGUCCUCUCCGCCGCAUCGGCAGCUGGCGUGUCGGUGGCGUUUGGAGCCCCGAUAGGUGGCGUUCUCUUCAGCCUGGAAGAGGUGAGCUACUACUUCCCUCUCAAGACACUGUGGCGCUCCUUUUUCGCCGCCCUGGUAGCCGCCUUUGUCCUUCGUUCCAUUAACCCGUUUGGGAACAGCCGUCUGGUGCUGUUCUACGUGGAGUACCACACACCCUGGUACCUGUUUGAGCUCAUCCCCUUCAUCCUUCUGGGAGUUUUCGGAGGCCUCUGGGGCGCUUUCUUUAUUCGGGCUAACAUUGCUUGGUGUCGGCGACGGAAGUCCACCCGCUUCGGCAAAUACCCGGUUUUGGAGGUGAUCCUUGUGGCGGCCAUCACAGCAGUCGUGGCGUUCCCUAACCCGUAUACCCGCCAGAACACCAGUGAGCUGAUCAAGGAGCUCUUUACCGACUGUGGCCCGCUAGAGUCCUCGCAGCUCUGCCAGUACCGCAGCCAGAUGAACGGCAGCAAGGCCUUCACGGACAACCCCAACCGCCCCGCUGGGCCCGGUGUCUACGCCGCCAUGUGGCAGCUCUGCCUGGCGCUCAUCUUUAAAAUCAUCAUGACCAUCUUCACAUUCGGCCUCAAGGUUCCGUCAGGUUUGUUCAUUCCCAGCAUGGCCAUCGGAGCCAUCGCCGGGCGAAUCGUCGGCAUCGCCGUGGAGCAACUGGCAUAUUACCACCACGACUGGUUCCUGUUCAAAGAGUGGUGUGAGGUGGGCGCAGACUGUAUUACGCCGGGACUGUACGCCAUGGUGGGGGCCGCUGCUUGCCUCGGCGGCGUCACCCGUAUGACCGUUUCCUUAGUGGUCAUUGUCUUCGAGCUGACCGGUGGACUGGAGUACAUCGUACCCCUGAUGGCCGCUGUCAUGACCAGCAAAUGGGUGGGCGACGCCUUUGGCCGAGAGGGGAUCUACGAGGCCCACAUCCGUCUCAACGGCUACCCCUUCCUGGACGCCAAGGAGGAAUUCACACACACCACGCUGGCCAGGGAGGUGAUGAGGCCGCGCCGCUGCGACCCGCCGCUGGCCGUGCUGACCCAAGACGACCUGACCGUCGAGGACCUCCAAGCCGUCAUCAACGAAACCAGUUACAAUGGUUUUCCCGUCAUCGUGUCCAAGGAGUCUCAGAGGCUCGUGGGUUUCGCUCUGCGUAGGGAUAUCACUAUCGCUAUAGAGAACGCCCGCCGCAAACAAGAGGGCAUCAUGUUGAACUCCAGGGUGUACUUCACCCAGCACGCCCCCACCCUGCCCGCGGACAGCCCCCGGCCCCUCAAGCUGCGCUCCAUCCUGGACAUGAGCCCCUUCACCGUCACCGACCACACCCCCAUGGAAAUUGUGGUGGACAUCUUCAGGAAGCUGGGGCUGCGCCAGUGCCUGGUCACUCACAACGGGAUUGUAUUGGGCAUCAUCACAAAGAAGAAUAUAUUAGAGCAUCUGGAGGAGCUCAAGCACAACACAGAGUCCCUGGCGUCUUCUGGGCAUCAUCACAAAAAAGGAUAUCCUGCGUCACAUGGCCCAAAUGGCAAAUCAAGAUCCCGAGUCCAUCAUGUUCAACUGAUCUGCUCCUUUCAGGACUGCUGGGAGGACCAGGACCAGGACCAGGAGGAAGGAGCGCGCCUCCUGGACAGCGCCCAUCUCUGA